UUACCGCAGUGCAUUUAUGGAGUUUUCCUGCGUAGGACUAGGCCUAGCGUUUGGCCGCCAUCUUGGAUUGCAACACGUGCAGGAAGGAAAACAAGAUGGUUCGACCAAAGAAAAAGAGCAAGCGCGAGGAUGCAAGCCAUCGAUAUAAAGUCAAACGAAAGGUAGCAGAGCAUUUACGGAAACAGAGAAAAGAGGCAAGAAAAAGCGGCAAUGUUAAACGAAAGAAGAAGGACCCUGGUAUUCCAAAUCUUUAUCCAUUCAAAGACCAGUUGCUACGACAGAUGGAAGAAAAGAAAUUAAAGGAUGAGGAAGCCAAUCAAAGAAUAAAACAGAAAAGAAUGAAAGAAGUUAACAAGCGAAGAAACCUGUUUAAUUUGCAAGAGGAUGCCAUUAAACGUGCCAGGGAGUUUGAAAAAAAGAAAGCCCUCAAGAAAGAUGCAGAAGAGGAUAACUUUGCUAUGGGCCCAAAAGCAGAAACAUCUCUCAAAGCAUACUACAGGGAGUUUAAAAAGGUCGUAGAGGCAGCAGAUGUCAUUCUUGAGGUCCUUGAUGCAAGGGAUCCAAUUGGUUGCCGCUGUCCCCAAGUGGAGCAAGCUGUUAUAGCCGCUGGUGCAACUAAAAAACUUGUUCUUAUCCUAAACAAAAUUGACCUUGUCCCUAAAGAUAUUGCUGAGAAAUGGCUGAAGUAUCUAAGAAACGAGUUUCCUGCUGUCAUCUUCAAGGCAUCAACACAAACACAAAAACAGAACCUGAGUCACAGCAAAGUUCCCGUCAGUCUUGCUGGCAAAGAUGUCCUCUCCUCAAGCUCAUGUCUAGGAGCUGAGACACUGCUCAAACUGCUAGGAAACUACUGUAGAAAUAAAGACAUUAAAACCUCAAUCACAGUUGGAGUAGUUGGGUUCCCUAAUGUGGGGAAAAGCAGUAUUAUUAAUAGUCUCAAGAGAAGUAGAACUUGCACAGUUGGAGCAACACCCGGUGUCACCAAAUCCAUGCAGGAAGUCCAGUUGGAUAAGCACAUCAAGCUCCUGGACAGCCCUGGCAUCAUCAUGGACACAGGGGACUCUGAUGCCGCCAUCAUUCUAAGGAACUGCGUCAAGAUUGAGAAUAUUGAGGACCCCAUUCCCCCAGUUGAGGCAAUCCUCAGAAGAUGCAACAAACAACAGGUGAUGGAAAAGUAUUCAGUUCCUGAUUACAAGGAUAGUAAUGAAUUCCUUACACAUCUGGGAAAACGACUGGGGAAGCUGAAAAAAGGUGGAGUGCCAGACAUAAAUGCUGCAGGGAAAACACUCCUAAGAGACUGGAAUAGCGGGAAAAUUCAGUUCUAUACCCAUCCACCAGAGGAACACAAGCUUCCCACCCAUAUAUCUGCUGAGGUUGUAGCUGAAUGGAGCAAGGAAUUUGACUUGGAAUCACUCAAGAAAGAGGAAGAUCAUGAACUUCAAGGAAUGGGAAGUCCAAUGGAGGACGCCAUGGUGCUUGAACCUAGCUGCCCCACCAAUGCCUUGGUGAUGGAUGCUGAGAUGGAUGAUGAUAAUGAAGAUGAUGAUGCGGAGGAGGACGAUGUAAUAGAUGAUGACGAUUCAGAAGAGGAGAUGGAAGAUAGUGAAGAUGAAGAUGAGAUGACUGUAGUCCUUCAAAAGAAAAACCCUUCGGUAAAACCCACGGAGAAGACGAAAGACAAAGACUUGCUCAAAGGUCACGAAAGCAACGAGUUCAACCAACAGAGCAACAAGAAUAAACAAAAGCAAUUCAAGAAACUUCAGAAGCAGAAGCGCAAAGGAGUGGCAUCAGCAGAUAAUGGUGAUGACAUGAAUGAUGACGACGAUGGCUAUGAUUUUGACGUCGAUUUCACAUGACGUUGCGAUCAAACCUACAAGAAUCUGCCGUCAUGUAGUACCUUCUCAAUGAGUAAAAAAUGAGAAUUUAAAUUAUGAGACAUUGCAAAAUAAGCCAGUUCAGAGUUUAAGGAUGACCGGUGAAGAAUUGGUCGAGUGGACCAAAAUCCACUGGAAGUCGAUCGUUCCCCAUACAAACCUCUGUAUUUUUCGAACAAUAUUGGGUGUAUAAACUCGCUCCAAAAAGAACUUUUUUGCGUAGGUAAAGGAAUGAUUUAGGUAAGGAAUGAUUUAUUAAAGCGAUGGCUCUCUGAUGAUUAUAAUACAAAAAUUGCCUCAGCGGCGAGCGAUGAUAACACCGUCGAUUAACUCUUCUUCUACGAUCUCCAUGGUUACAACAAUGUAUGCCAUUUCUCCAGUAAAAACCCUCAGAGAUAUUCAUGUAUGCUUUACGAUACAAACUUUUCUCCACAGUUUGAAUCAAAUGUGGUUCUUAUUCUCUGUGAUAUCCGAAUAAAUGAUGUCGAUAAAACAUGGAAUAAGCUGUAUACAGUACAGCAAAAUACUGUAGUCGCUUGGUGCGAUAAGCCCAAAUUCUUCGUAAUGGCGCGAUAAGCCCAAAUUCUUUGUUGUUUAUCAUUGCUGGCCGCUAAAGCAAUUUUAGUCCUAUAAUCCAAAGAGGCUAAUCGCCUUAAAGAUUCAUACUAUCGCUUCAGAUUGCAUUUAACUUUGGUUGAUAUUUUUGUAAAAUAUAGCAUUUUGAAGGGAGUUUGCGCACCCCAUAUCGCGCGAAAAAUACAAAGGUAAAUCUUUCCAGUGGCUUUUGGUCCGAUGGUUCAGACUCGACCCACUCUUCCCCGGUCAUUCCUUAAACUCUGAACUGGAUUAUUCUUAGGUGCUUUUGUUUUAAAAAAGUGUGUGAUUUUUAAAGACCACGGUUGGUAACCUCCUUGCCAUUCCCUCUAAUUUGGUGAAAGUUUCUUAUACUUUAGGUAGUAUGUUUUAACAUGUAGCAACUUACUUCUUUUGGUUUUGAGAAACAGAACACGCUUGUUCACAUGGAUUUGGGAACUAUGCGCUGAAUACUUUUCUAACCAUUUGUUCCGUUUUAAAGCGUUUUGAAUCUUUUAAAGAAUAAUGCAAACAUUC